GUGUGGGAGGUGGAGCAGCGGUGUGUGUGUGACACGGAGUCUACAGGGCCGCCGCCAUGAGCCGCAGCUACAACGAUGAGCUGCAGUACCUGGACAAGCUGGACAAGAACAGCUGGAGGAUCAAGAAGGGCUUCGUGCCCAACAUGAACGUGGAAGGAGUGUUUUAUGUAAAUGAGCCGCUAGAGAAAUUAAUGUUUGAGGAGUUACGAAAUGCCUGCAGAGGUGGAGGUGCUGGUGGAUUCUUGCCGGCCAUGAAACAGAUUGGGAAUGUGGCUGCACUACCUGGCAUUAUUCAUAGAUCUAUUGGGCUUCCUGAUGUACAUUCUGGCUAUGGGUUUGCCAUUGGUAACAUGGCAGCAUUUGACAUGAGUGACCCAGACGCAGUGGUGUCACCAGGUGGUGUCGGGUUUGACAUCAACUGUGGUGUCCGAUUGCUGCGUACGAAUCUAGAUGAAAGUGACGUCCAGCCCGUGAAGGAACAGCUCGCCCAAGCCAUGUUUGACCAUAUUCCAGUUGGCGUGGGCUCCAAGGGUGUCAUCCCCAUGAAUGCCAAGGACUUGGAGGAGGCCCUGGAGAUGGGUGUGGACUGGUCUCUCCGGGAAGGCUAUGCCUGGGCAGAGGACAAGGAGCACUGUGAGGAGUAUGGAAGGAUGCUGCAGGCUGAUCCCAAUAAGGUCUCCUCAAGAGCUAAGAAAAGAGGUUUGCCUCAGCUGGGGACCCUGGGAGCAGGAAACCAUUACGCUGAGAUCCAGGUGGUGGAUGACAUUUAUAACGAGUAUGCUGCCAGGAAGAUGGGCAUUGAUCACAAGGGACAGGUGUGUGUAAUGAUCCACAGCGGCAGCAGAGGUCUGGGCCAUCAAGUAGCUACAGAUGCUUUAGUGGCUAUGGAGAAAGCCAUGAAACGGGACAAGAUCAUAGUUAAUGAUCGCCAGUUGGCAUGCGCCAGAAUUGCCUCCCCAGAGGGACAGGACUACCUAAAGGGAAUGGCAGCGGCUGGGAACUAUGCAUGGGUCAACCGCUCUUCCAUGACUUUCCUAACCAGACAGGCCUUCGCUAAAGUCUUCAACACAACCCCUGAUGACCUAGAUCUUCAUGUUAUCUAUGAUGUGUCUCAUAACAUUGCCAAAGUGGAGCAGCAUGUGGUGGAUGGAAAAGAGCGGACCCUGCUGGUGCACAGAAAGGGAUCGACCAGGGCUUUCCCUCCUCAUCAUCCUCUCAUUGCUGUUGAUUACCAACUGACUGGACAGCCAGUACUGAUUGGUGGGACAAUGGGAACCUGUAGCUAUGUUCUUACUGGUACUGAACAAGGCAUGACCGAGACCUUUGGAACCACAUGCCAUGGAGCUGGUCGUGCAUUGUCCCGAGCAAAAUCUCGACGAAACUUGGACUUCCAGGAUGUGUUGGACAAGCUGGCUGACAUGGGGAUCGCAAUCCGUGUUGCUUCCCCCAAGCUGGUCAUGGAAGAAGCACCAGAAUCCUAUAAAAAUGUGACAGAUGUGGUUAACACCUGCCAUGCUGCUGGCAUCAGCAAGAAAGCUAUUAAAUUGAGACCUAUCGCUGUUAUUAAAGGCUAGGAACUGACUGAGGCCAUCAGAAAUCACUGGCACAGCAAUGCCUUCCACAGAACAGACUAAAAUUGUCGUCGUCAUCAUCAUCAUCAUCUUUCAUACCUCUUGACUGCAGAGUGCUCAGAUAGUACACUCCCUAUUCUGGAAAUACGACUGGGCGAGGAGUCUCAAAAGUAACUUUUUUUGUGUUACGGUGCUCUUUAGUAUGCAGAAGGGGUAAACAAACCGAUGCUGUUGCCUUAUGUUUAAUGAUCCCACAAAAAUGCAUUGAAUUCCAUUAGUAGAACUGCAGACCUGGCUCAACCAGACUGUCACUAAUAAGCCUGGAGAUGGCAGUACACCCUUCAUCAGCCAAUUUAAUAUAUAACCCUUGCCCAAUUCACUGUGCACCCAAGUGGCUGGAGCUCCUGACGCCAACUGAAGUCCUCUGGCAGGUCACAUACAGAACUCCUGGCAGUGGGAAGAUGCUCUGUUUGCAAACACUAGUCUAUAUUGUGUAGACAUAUGGUAGUGGUAGUUAUGUAACAAAUGAUGAGGUAGGGAGUGGUCUUAACCCUAACAAAAAGCAUGAGAGACUAGCCAGGGUUCAGACACAGCCCCCAUAAUUAAAACAUGACCCUGGGGUGUACUGACUUCUUUGAUAUUCACAGUUGUUCCACAAGGGCUGAUGGGAAUUCUAGUGCCAUUGGGUAUGUUAUUGAAAAGGUCAAAUGUUACUUUGCACAUGGUGUGACUUAACAACUGACAGAUGUGCUUAGCAUAAGACUUGAAAGGUCUGCAACUGUAAUUGGAUCUGCUGGCGCAGCUCUCUCCAAUGGGUUUCUGUGUGGAUGACUUAGUGGAUUGAGAUGCAGGAUCAUGACUGAAGAUAAGUAUGAUUUGAGACUGAAAGAUUAGCCCUUUAUUUUUGUUUUACAUUUAGUAAUUGAGACUUGGGAGGCAAGUCACCAAAACUGGUGAAUUUCUGGGAACUUGGAACUUCUAAAUAAAAUGGGAAAACACAAAAUCA